AUGACACUCUCGAUUAGGAACAUUGUGAGGUGCAAGUGUGUUUGCAAAUCAUGGCGUGAUCUGAUAAAAGAGGAUGAUGAGUUUGCAACAUCGUGUACUCCGAAACCAUGCCUGGCUUUCGUCCAUGAAAACGAGGGGUUCAAUAUCUGCAAUGAGGCAUGCGAGCCACAUUUCCAAUUCGAUUUGCCUCCUCCCUAUAGUCAAUAUCCAACUCAUGAGCAUCACCGACGAGUUGUAAUUGAUUCGACUAGUGGUUUGCUUUUGGUGUGGGAUGGAGUUCGUAUCGAUUGUAGUGCUCUUUUCAUAUGCAAUCCAAUGACUCUUGAAUUUGUCGAGCUUCCUCCACUGCCUACCAGCAGAUGCAUAUUUGGAUUUGGAGUGAGUAAUUUAAAUCGGAAAUUUAAGAUUUUAUGUUGUGAGCUAUCUGGGUCUUGUCAUGUAUACACUCUAGGAGGAGAAGGGGCGUGGAGAAGCAUCGAUGCACCACCCAGCAGGCUGCGCCUGUCUGUUUUGGUAUCACGUGAUACUGCUGCAUUUCUAAAUGGAAAUCUUCACUGGCUUGCAAUCGGGGAGAAUUAUUUAUUUAUUUGUUGCUUUAAUCUUGAAACCGAACUUUUCUCCUGUUUUUCACUUCCUCAUGGCGAAGAUUCUGGAUCCAAUGAUGGAAAGCUGCAGCUGCGUGUUUUGGAGGACAGACUAUGUCUAUGCAGUAAUUUAUUUUCUGAUAAUCGAAUUGUUAUUUGGCGGAUGAACGACUAUGGAAAUGAUAAAGCUUGGGUCGAGUUUUUAUCUUCCCCGAAGAUGAUAGAGCGUCUCCGUGUCUGUUAA